CCAAACAAACCGUCCUCAUGGAGGCCACGCUUUCACAGCAAACCCUCAGAGCCAAGCAACAAGCAGCGCUGUCCGCUCCGAGGAAGUGAAGUGAGGCAAGCUUACCCUGCUGGUUUUUACUUACAGGGUUUCCGAGAGAAGCUUGUGCAUUAUUCACACGGACGGAUCCUUGACAAAGACGGCCUCGUAAUGAUCUGAACACAGUACUAGUUCAGCUCUAAACCGCUCUGAGAGACACAGAUCCAAUCACAGCAGCAGCGGCGCUGGAACGUGACAGUCACCUCUAUCAAACACGUCUGUAAUGUGUCUCCAGGGACCGGACUACUGAUCAUCAUGAGCAGAAAGGACAGCUUGUGAAUUUACAUAAAGAAACCUUCAACGUUGUAUAACAGCUUUGUUCCAAAAUGCAGUACAUUGCCUUGCUGCCUUCUAAGGGAUCUUAACUCUUCAUAAGAAGCAACUGACAUGAAACCAGACAGUUUCAGGCCACCAGUUAUUAGAGUGGAAAUGGUUACACUUUCGAACUAACCAAAAUAAAAAAAAAAUAAAAAAAAUAAAAUAAAAUAAAAUAAAAUAAAAUAAAAUAAAAUAAAAUAAAAAUAGUAAAACCAAAUUAAAUGAAAAAUAAAUUAAAAUUCAAUGAAGUAAAACAAAAAUUUUAAGUAAAACAAAACAAAUAGAACAAAAAAUAAAUAAAUAAUAUAAAAUAAAACCUACUUAUAUGAUUUCCUUUCCCACAAAAUUCUUGGCUCCAUCAAUGUUCAAUUAAAAAAGUUUUAUUUUUUUUUAUUUUUUUUUUCAGUCAUACACUAAGGGAAUAGUACAAAAAAAAAAAAAAAAAAACAUUUACCUUUAUGUGUGCCUUUAGCCCUGUUGUACCCUAUAGUAGAUGUAUUGGGUCAAAAAGUCAAUUUUAAUUUAAAUGUUUUAUUGAUACAUUUAUUGAUUUCAGCAUAUAAAAUCUAUAAUUUCUCUCACCUCAUCCACCUUUUGGCUGGACUUUUUUUUUUAAAGAACUUGUGAAUGCAUUAUGGGAUUGAUGGGACCACGUCUACAAUGCAUUAAAAUGCUGCCCACUAGGCAUAGCCAACAUAAAUGUGACCCUGGAGCACAAAAGCAGUCAUAAGCAGCACAGCUAUAUUUGUAGCAAUAGCCAACAAUACAUUGUAUGGGUCAAAAUUAAAAAUUAUUAGAUAUUUUGUAAAUUUGCUACCAUAAAUACACCAAAACUUAAUUUUUUGAUUAGUAAUAUGCAUUGCUAAGGAUUUAAUUUUGAACAACUUUAAAUGCGAUUUUCUCAAUAGUUUAAAAAAAAAAUUUUGCACCCUCAGAUUCCAGAUUUUCAAAUAGUUGUAUCUCGGCAAAAUAUUGUCAUAUCCUAACAAGACCCUUAUGACUGGUUUAGUGGUCUAGGGUCACAAAUUAAUAUUGUUCCUAAAAAAUUUACCCAAUGUUGCAUUGUUCCUAGACACAAUGGUGAAGGGGAAGAAGAAGUCAAACGAACCGUCCGGUAGAAAAAUCACACUCAAGAUGGCCAAGAGUGCUCUGAAGGUGACGGUGGAUGGCAAGCGUCGCCUCGACCUCAGCAACAUGGCGAUCGCCACAUUUCCCAAGUGCAUCCUGAAGCUCUGCGACAUUGAGGAGCUCGACCUCAGCCGCAACCUUCUCAAGAAGAUCCCAGACGCCAUCGACAAGUUCGUCAACCUCCGUUUGCUGGAUCUGCACAGCAACCAUCUGGAGCAGGUCCCUGCGGCUAUCGGCCGCCUGCAUAACCUCUACAGCCUCAACCUGUGCAACAACCAUCUAAACGCCAUCGGCCUGCCGCACGAGCUGGGGCUCCUGAAGAACCUGCGGAUCCUCAACCUGGGAUUGAACCGCAUCGAGAGCCUGCCUCCAUCUAUGGCCGCUCUCAAAGAGCUGCAGGAGCUGGGGCUCUUCAACAACCUCCUGACUCAUUUGCCCAAGUGCAUCCAAAGCCUCCCAAAGCUGCAGAAGCUGAACACCAGAUCCAACCCCAUCCCUACGGAUGAGUCUCCAGAGGUGGACCGCAUCCGGAGAGCAGAGUGUCUGUAUCUAGUGCGGGAGGACUGCCUGUGUACCGACUGUCUGAAGAGAUGUAAGGAGGAACGAGAGAAGUUAGACAGUCGAAUGAGUGCAGCUUCUUCACUAAAGAAGUCCAUGUUUGCUGGGCUCAUGACGCCAAACUCUGUAGCACAAGAGAACCAGGCUUUAUGGAGAUGAACAUGUAGACUAAAGUUCAUCUACACUCUUAAAAACAAACGUUGGUUACACUUUCAGUCAUUAAUGAAUAACUACACAGGAACAAAUGAGUAACGCAAUAAUAUUAACACUCAAGUAACUAAUAAGAAACUCUGAUUAAUGAUUUUUUAGUGCUUAGUCGUAUAUGGUAGUCCACUAUUAGCUAAUUAGUAACUACUAUAUUUCAUACCUCCCUUACUAAGAACUACUGUAUACUAGUCCAUAAUUAACAUGAAUACUGCAUAAUUAAUUCUAAAGUGAAGGUCAUGGUAACUGACUAGCAACGAUUCAAAUAUUACCAAAGUCUUCAUAAGGAAUUACCGUAAUAAUUAUUUGGAUCAGUAUUCUAAAGUGAAUAACAUGAUAACUCUCUAGUAAUGACUAUAAUCAUUGUAAGCUAUUGAGAGUUUUUGUAAGGUUCUGCAUUAUAAUUCAUUUCACUUCACUUCACUUUAGAAUAUUGUUUCAAAUAAUUAGUAAUACCUUCAGAAGGAUUUGGUAGUACUUGAGUCAUUAUUAUUGGAUUAUCAUGAUCUUCACUUUAGAAUGAAUUAUACAUUAUGCAUAAUUCACAUUAAUUAUGAACCUGUAUAUAGUAGUUUUGGUAACACUUUAGAAUAGGGAACACUUAUUCACUAUUAACUACGACUUUUCCCUCAAUAAAUUCCUAAUUUGCUGCUUAUUAAUAGUUAGUGCGGUAGUUGUUAAGUUUAGGUGUUGGGUAUGAUUAGGGAUGUAGAAUAAGGUCAUGUAGAAUAAGGCAUUAAUACAUGCUUAAUUACUACUAAUAAAUGGCUAAUAUUCUAGUAAUAUGCAUGCUAAUAAGACUCUAAAAUAAAGUGUUACCGUAGCUAAUAGUAAACUACCACUUUCAGCUGAGUUUCUUGUUAGUUAAUAGUAGUGAAUGUUAAUAGUGCAUUAGUCAGUUCCUAUGUAGUUAUUUAUUAAUGAUG